UUGAGUGCACCCUCAGCAAGUUUGCUGAUGACACCAAGCUGUAUGUCAUGGCGCCCGCAGUACCGCAGCUCCAAGUUCCGGAACGUCUACGGGAAGGUGGCCAGCCGGGAGCACUGCUUCGACGGCAUCCCCAUCACCAAGAACGUCCACGACAACCACUUCUGCGCCGUCAACGCGCGCUUCCUCGCCAUCGUCACCGAGAGCGCCGGCGGCGGCUCCUUCCUCGUCAUCCCCAUCCAGCAGACAGGCCGGAUCGAACCAAACUACCCCAAAGUUUGUGGUCACCAGGGCAAUGUGCUGGACAUCAAGUGGAACCCCUUCAUUGAGAACAUCAUCGCCUCGUGCUCCGAAGACACCUCGGUGCGGAUCUGGGAGAUCCCAGAGGGUGGCCUGAAGAGGAACAUGACGGAGGCUGUCCUGGAGCUGUACGGCCACAGCCGGCGCGUUGGCCUCGUCGAGUGGCAUCCCACCACCAACAACAUCCUCUUCAGUGCUGGCUAUGACUAUAAGGUCCUCAUCUGGAACCUGGACAUCGGGGAGCCAGUGAAGAUGAUCGACUGCCACACAGAUGUCAUCCUCUGCAUGUCCUUCAACACUGAUGGCAGCCUCCUGGCCACCACCUGCAAGGACAAGAAGCUGCGGGUGGUGGAGCCACGCUCCGGGAGGGUCCUGCAGGAGGCCAGCUGCAAGAACCACCGUGUCAACCGGGUGGUCUUCCUGGGCAGCAGCAAGCGGCUGCUGACGACGGGGGUGUCACGCUGGAACACGCGGCAGAUCGCUCUCUGGGACCAGGAAGACCUCUCCAUGCCCCUGAUAGAGGAGGAGAUUGAUGGGCUCUCAGGGCUCCUCUUCCCGUUCUACGACGCUGACACGCACAUGUUGUACUUGGCUGGCAAGGGUGAUGGCAACAUUCGGUACUACGAGAUCGGCUCGGAAAAGCCCUACCUGAGUUAUCUGAUGGAGUUCCGCUCCCCAGCCCCACAGAAAGGACUGGGGGUGAUGCCAAAGUACGGGCUGGACGUGUCGGCCUGCGAGGUCUUUCGCUUCUACAAGCUCAUCACCCUCAAGGGGCUGAUUGAACCCAUCUCCAUGAUCGUGCCCAGGAGGUCAGAAACCUACCAAGAGGACAUUUACCCAAUGACCCCGGGUACAGAGCCAGCCCUGACCCCUGAUGAGUGGCUGAGUGGAGUGAACAGAGAUCCCAUCCUGAUGUCACUGAAGGAGGGCUACAAGAAGACAUCCAAAAUCGUCUUUAAGGCACCAGUGAAGGAGAAGAAGAGUGUGGUGGUCAAUGGCAUCGACCUGCUGGAGAACGUGCCCCCCAGGACCGAGAACGAGCUCCUGCGGAUGUUCUUCCGGCAGCAGGACGAGAUCCGCCGGCUGAAGGAGGAGCUGUCGCAGAAGGACAUCUGCAUCCGACAGCUGCAGCUGGAGCUGAAGAACCUCCGGAACAGCCCCAAGAAUACUUAA